GCCCUUUGUUCAAGAAACGAAGUUUCCCGGAAGAUCGUUGUUCGUCGACAUGGUCGAAGCAAGAAAAGGGUAGAAGUGACAAUUAUGGUGGAUUAAUCAACUUCCUCCUUGUUUUUGUGACAUUUAUACAGUCAGUUUACAUUGCAGAUUAAAACAAAAAUUGUUAGAUUUAUAGUUUGACAAAUUUAUCAUGUUGCCAGACUGACUACGAAUUCUACAGAAAAUAACAAAAGUGAAACAUGGCUACAUCAGGGAAAGAAGUGGAGAUAUUCCGCUGCCUGGAGAGGGGACUCGUCGUCACUAUCUUCUUCUGCAAAAAGAGACCAGAAAAGAAAACAUUACAAGUGAAGCUGGAAACAAGACAACUAGUUUGGAUACGAGCUAUGGGGAGCAAACCUGACGGGACAUUGAACCUUAGAGAAGUUCGGGAGGUUCGAGAUGGCCGGAACAGCAGAGACUUUGACCGCUGGCCUGAGGAGGCCAGACGAUAUGACCCAUCACUCUGUUUCGUUAUCUUCUACGGAAAUGACUUCAAACUCAAGACGUUGUCUGUUGUUGCCACAAAUGCAGAUGAGUUCCUGAUAUGGAAGCUAGGACUGCAGAAGUUAGAGAAAAGUGCCAAAGAAGACCUGUAUCAGCUACAGCUAGAGAGAUGGUUGCGUCGAGAAUUUUACCUCAUGGAAAAAAUGGGUUCUGAUUUGGUUACGCUGAAAAAUAUGAAGGCUUGGAUGCCCAGAAUAAACUACAAAAUAUCCACCAAUAAGUUACGAGAUAAAUUUCAGGAGGUCUCCAGAAAAGACGAGAUCAGAUAUGAAGAAUUUGCUGCUUUAUUUCACAAACUCAUCCAUGUCCCGGAGAUUAUUACAAAUUAUGUUGAUCCUUAUUGUGAUGACAGUGAUAAUGAAAGGUGUAUCAUGCCAGAGAAAUUCCACAGAUUCUUAAUAGAAGAACAAAAGGAAAAUUUAGCAGACGGUUUGCUUGCUGUGAAAACUCGAAUGGUUAACUUCCUUGAGGAUCCUAUGAGACACAAGGGAAAUGUUUACUUCACAGCUGUUGAGUUUGAAGAUUAUUUAUUUUCCAAAGAUAACCAGGCAUUCGACACUAGCUAUGAUAAAGUGUAUCAAGACAUGACACACCCCCUGGCUCAUUACUGGAUAGCCUCUUCACAUAAUACAUAUCUAACGGGGGACCAGAUUUCCAGCGAGUCCUCUGUAGAGGCGUAUGUUCGUGUGCUCAGAAUGGGUUGUAGAUGUAUCGAGUUGGACUGUUGGGAUGGACCAGAUGGCUAUCCAAGUAUUUACCAUGGACACACCCUUACCUCCAAAAUCAAAUUCCUAGAUGUCUUGCGUGCAAUCAAAGACCAUGCAUGGGUUGCUUCAGACUACCCUCUGAUUUUGUCACUAGAAAACCACUGUGGCUUAGGACAACAAAGAAAUAUGGCAAUGGCCUUUAGAGAUACUUUUGGUAGUGAACUUUUGAUGGAGCCUGUAGAUGGUGACUUUAAGAAAUUACCUUCACCAGAACAGCUAAAGAGGAAGGUUAUUCUCAAGCAUAAAAAGUUACCUAGUGAAGGCAGAAAUGCAGAGUUGGUGGAAGUGAGAGUGGAUGAUGUGGCCAGAGAUGGUGAUGUUUCAAAUUCAGUGAAAACUGGUGUCAUGUAUUUAGAAGACCAAAUUGAAAACCAAUGGCACCCCCAUUUCUUUGUGCUGACUCCCACCAAAAUGUAUUGGACCAAAGAGACCAAUCAGGGAGACGAUGAGGAGGAGCAGGAUGACAACACAUCCACUACGGAGGUGGGGGAUAGGCCACAGGAUGAGCUUCAUUUCGGAGAAAAGUGGUUCCAUGGAAAGUUAGAAGGAGGUAGAAAGACUGCCAUAGAAUUGCUGAAUGAAUAUAGUUACCUUGGCGAUGGGACCUUCCUGGUUAGGGAGAGUGAUACCUUCAUCGGAGACUUCUCACUCUCAUUUUGGAGAAGAAAUGCAGUGGAACACUGUCGGAUUAAAUCUAAACAAGAUAUGGGCCAAGUCAAAUAUUACUUAAUAGAGACAACAUUGUUUGACAGUCUGUAUGAUUUAAUUACUUACUACCGUCAAGUGCCCCUAAGGAGCCCCAAUUUUGUGAUGAAGUUGACUGAACCAGUGCCUCAGUUGAAGAGUCAUGAAGACAAAGAAUGGUACCACGAUAACCUUAGUCGUGCCUCUGCAGAAGAUAUGCUGAAGAGGAUUCCUAGUGACGGGGCAUUUCUAAUCAGGCGGGGUCAAUCAGGAGACAGCUAUGCUAUCUCAUUCAGGGCUGAUGGAAAAAUCAAACAUUGUCGCAUUGAGCUGGAUGGAAGACUAUUUGCAAUUGGAUCUGCUCAGUUUGAAAGUUUGAUAGACUUGGUGAAAUAUUAUGAGAAAAAUCCCCUGUACAAUAAAGUCAAACUAAAGAUCGCGGUCAGCCAAACUCUUGUGGACACAAGAGGAGCGAUUCCACGCCAAAAUGAUGAAAGUUCUUCUACAGCAUAUAUAAAUCCCAAUGAGUUGUCUAAGAGUGUCCUCAAUGGGGAUGACCAGUUGUACGGUGAUGGAAUUUACCACCAACCAAACGAGAUUUUCCCUCAGACAAAGCUGAGGGUUAGAGCCUUAUAUGACUACACUGCCAGCCGAAGUGAUGAAUUAUCUUUUAGUAAAGGAACCAUUAUCACUAACGUCACUAAAACAGACAAUGGCUGGUGGCGAGGAGAGACCACCUCCAGCCGAGUACCCAUGUUGUUCCCCGGACACCUGGUGGAGGAAAUUGAAGAGGAUGAACCUAAUGACCAACAACCCCUGGGGACUCUCCAAAAGGGCUCUAUAGACAUACAAGGAUGCAGAACAGAUCGUAGCGGCCGUCCAGACAAACCCUAUACAUUCAAGAUUUUCACACGCACAAUGCCCAACCCAAUAGAGGUGGCUGUAGAUUCUGAGGAGCAAAUGAACCAGUGGCUGGAUUCUAUUGAUCAAUGCACCUCCAAAAUGGCAGGGGAGAAAAUGGAAGACAAGUUGAUGGAGAAGAAGAAGUGCCUUGCUAGGGAUUUGUCAGAUCUGAUUAUUUAUGCCAUAGCUGUGCCAUUUGACCAUGAAAAGGUGUUGAAGAAGAUGAGCCACAUAACAGAGAUGUCGUCCUUCUCAGAAGUGAAGAUCGAGAAGUACUGCUCACAGACUUACUCACAUUUCUUUCUACAUUAUAACAGAGUACAAUUAAGUCGCUGUUAUCCAAAGGGAGGUCGAGUGGACUCCUCCAACUACGACCCCAUGCCAAUGUGGAACGUUGGAUGUCAGAUGGUGGCACUGAACUAUCAGACGUCUGACCGCCCUAUGCAGUUGAAUGAAGGGAGAUUCCUAAAUAAUGGGAAAUGUGGCUACAUACUGCAGCCCGACAUCAUGAGGAGGCCAGAGUUCGACCCUUGUAACAAACAGUCUAUCCGGGAUGUUGAACCUUUGACCUUGUCUGUAAAGAUAAUUGGAGCGAGGCAUCUGGUCAAAUCUGGAAAAGGAAUAAUAAGCCCAUUUGUUGAGAUUGAAAUAGCUGGACUUGAAUAUGACAAGAAUAAAUUCAAGACAACUACAAUAAGCCCACCAAAUGGACUGAAUCCAAUCUGGAAGGACCAAAACAGUGGAAUCUUUGACUUGAUUUGUCCAGAAAUGGCUCUCAUUAGAUUUGUGGUGUAUGAUGAGGACACGUUUGGAGAGCCCAACUUUGUUGGACAGGCCACUUAUCCUGUGACCUGCCUCAAAUCUGGUUACCGCAGUGUCCCUCUGAAGAAUGGCUUCUCGGAGGAAAUGGAAAUGGCAGCAUUAUUGAUCCAUGUGGACAGGAGAAAUCCAAAGGAGUCUGAUGACAGUGAAAUAUACUCAUGCAUUCAAGAUUUGAGAGACAAAAAAGAAAAUUUAGUAUCCAACAUAAAUGAAUUGAUGCGGGUAGGGCAGUUUGAUCGAGCUAACAGGCUGCAGGAGGACCUGAAAGAGACGGAACAGGAUCUGCUGCAGAAAAGUGCAGAGAGGCGGCAGAGAAAGUUUGCUAGUAGCCGCCCCAUUGUCUAUAGUAGGAACUCGAACAACUGAAGACUUCAUAACCUUUAACCGACCAAAAACUCAUGCCCCAUCGAUCUUACCAUCUUACCUGUGAUACACACUGUUGCCAUAGCAUUGACUUCUUUAUCUGCUGAUGACCUAAGAUAGUGGGUAGCCUCUUUAUGCCAGAACUUCAUUUGUGAUAUGCUGUGCAGUGGUGAUGAUUUUUGAAAUAAGUCAUUCUGGUUGAUGCAUGUACUUGUAGUUAUAAUUGAUGUAGAAGUUUGAUUACCUCAGCCAAGAGGAUUACAUUUUGUAAUUAUAAAUUAUGUUUAGUAAUUAUGAAAUUGUUGUAGUUUGUGUAUUAAUUUUGUGUCAGACGUGUUCAAAGAGAUUCAUGACCUGGAUGGGUUAUUUUCUCUAGCUGUUGAAAUACUGGACACAACCAGCUGUUUUUCUUGUCAUGAACUAAUUAUGGCAAUGCUUUUGCUGAAAGUGCUAAUUAUUGAGUGUUUUUUAAUUUCAUUAUAAAUAUCAUUACUUUCUGAAGGGUGUCACGAUAAAAGUGCUUGAUUUCUUUAAACUGGAACACUGUACAGUACUGUGUUUGCCCCAAUAAUCACUGUCCCUAUGCGUACAUGAUUAAACUAUUUUCUGUUUGAGUUGUAUAUUCAUGUAACCAUAUGAAAGUUUUAGGUUGAGCUGCAAUGUAUUCUGGCAGUGUUUUGAUGUGUGUAGUCUUUGAAUACUAAUUACCUACUUGAAUGCAUGUGGAUAUUUACCAACACCACAAAAUAUCUAUAAAUAGCCACCCUCAUUGCCAAAGUUGAAGAAGUGCUUGGGCAUUUAUUGGGGCAAUGCAAUGAUUCCUGUUCUUGUUUAGCAAGAAUCACAUAUUCUGUAUGGAUUGUAAUGGUACAUCUUCACUUGUUUGUAUAGAUUUUCAUAGUUGAAGUUCAGAUUUCAUUUUCUUGAUAUGCCAAAUUUUUUUUCAUGCAAGAUGUUUGUUUUAUGGAUAUAGUAUCUGUGGUUUGUAUGGAUACUUGCAGCCAUUUUUGAAUUUAUUUCUAGUUGUAUAAUUACCAGCACGUAAGGAUUACAUAUACUAUGUCCAUUGUUUGUCUGUCUGUGCCACUGAGACUUUAAGACCAUUGACAUAUUAUGAGCUUUGAUAUUUAGCAUAAUCAAAUUUUGAGAAUAUGAAGUGUUUGAGUUUAGCUGUCAAAAGUUUUGUUUUAAGUAAGUGAACUCCCCAGCUUUUGAGCACAACUGCACAGAAUGCUAGAACUAUUCUUAUGGUUCAAAUAUAUUUGCUACUUAAACCUAUCCACUUGAAAAUUUGUAUGGCGAUUCCAAUUUUGAAAGGGUUUUGGAAGAACUACAUUUUGUGGCAGAAGGAUUCUUUAAUCAAAAAGAUCUAAAUUUGCACAAUUUUACAGUUUCUGUUUUAUCCGACAUAUCAUCAAUAAUAAAUAUAGGCGUGUAUUUUAAUUUUGUAAUUUAUGAUACAAGUAGCAGAUACUUUGAACUAAUUUAAAUGUUGUAAAUUCAUUAAUUUUGUUGAUAUGGUUUUUGUAAACAGAAUGCUGAUUCUGAAAACUCUCUACAUGUAUAUUGGUUUACCUGAAAUUUUAUAUGAAAAUUCAUCAUUUUGGCCAAUAAUUUAAAAGUAUCCAUAACCUCUACAUUCUAAAGUUCUAUCUUGAAUAUAAAGGCAAGACCUUGUGAUUUAUGUGCAAUUAGAUAAAAACAAUACUCCAACUAUGUUCUUUUGAGCUCUCAAAUUUUCCCAUGUAUUAAGUGCAAAAAGGUAAUUAUUUCCAAUCUAUAUUGUUAGAAGACACGAGUGUGUACAUUGUAUUUAUUUGAUGGUUGAUUUGUGUUGCUUAUGUUAUGUUGACACCAACAGAUACUUUAUGUGAAUGAAUUGUUAGUAAAUUUUAAGUUUAACACACUGUAGCUCAAUAACAAGUCCUUUAGAUUUCAUAAAUCUCCUUCAAUGUAGAAAACAAUGAUAUACUUCCCUAAUAAUUGACAAAACUACAAACCUCAGGAGAGAGCCGCUUUAAAAGUGUUGCAACAGUUGUAUCAGGGAAAGUUGUAUUAUUCAAAGGUAGUGAUCCAGUGGCCAAAUCAAAUUUAGAAAUUUGAUUAGUGUUAGUGAUAAUGUGAACAACAAAUGGCAGACCAUACAAAAUAAAACCUUAUAGCAGAAGUGUAUUUUUACACAAAUUUCACUGGGGGGUUUUCUCCAGCAUAUAAAACAGACAUAAAGUGAGACCACUACACAUUUAUUUAUAGAAAAUCGUGUAUUAGUAAUAAUGCAAUAAACUGCAAAUUUAUAGAAAAUUGUGUAUUAGUAAUAAGGUAAUAAACUACAAAUUUUGUCCAUAGAUUUCUAAAUUUGAAUCAAUUAUAUGAAGAGGCAUUACAUGAAUUGCAAGAAUCUAGGUUCCGAAUAUGCUUUAUUUUGAAUAUGGACAUUUUAGUUUUAUUAAGUUUUUUGAAACUGAUUGUAUUCACAAGUUCAACAAAUGAUUAUACAAAGACUUCAUCUAUAGCCUCAUGAAAUGUAGCGCUUGCAUUUCAUCAUAUACAAUACCAUAACAGAUUUGACAACUCUGAGGAAAACAAAACGAGACUACAAAUGACCAGUUGAAUCAAAAAAAAAAAUAAAAAAGAACAUCCCCAAAACAGUUCUUUUUUUACACAAUGAACACCACCAUUGGAGAUUACUCAUUGUAACAUAUCCAUUUAUAUAUGACUACCUACAUUGACUGCUCUUUCAUCCUUUUUCUGUUGAUUUUUAAUGAACUAUUUCCAGUAAAUUGGUGAAAGUAACUCAACUAGAUAUUCCGUGGUGGAAUUUCUUUCUGUAUUAACAAUAGUGUAGUUAUUAUAUUUGUUUAUAUUUUGUUGAGAACAGUUAAUAAUUUAGCUCAUUUAUACUCCAUGUUUUUUAUGAUAUACAUAAUGAUUAUCUAUGUUGUUUUAUUGAACUAUAUAAUGUCUCAGGCUGGACACUUUUGAUUGGUAAAAUGGUUCUCGCUUCCUCCCACCAUUCACAUGAUUUUAUACGAUGUUAAGGAGAGUAAACUAAUUAUUUUGUCAAAUAGCAAAUAUGUCAAUUAAUUUACAUCUUUUUUCAAAUGAAAUGCGCAAUGCAUAGAGAUUCAGAUGGAGUUUUUUUUUCUGAAAAAGAAAUAGAUAUAUCUAGAAAAGAAAUAAAUGAUGUGUAUAUGUUACAUUCUUAUUUUCUAGGAGGAUUUUGUAACACCAGAUGUUAAUAAACUUGAAUAACUUUUUCGUUCAAUAAAAAUAGAUACCAAGAGUCUAA